GAAAGCGGGCGAGGGGGCGGCGCGCGGCAGGUCCAGCCGGCUCCGGGUGGAGGGGAGCGAAGCAAUGGGCUAAUAGGCAAAUUAGACCGUGUGCUCAUUUGCAUGUGAUGAUUGACAGCAGUGCGAGCAUCCCACUUGCCAGCUCCUCACUGUUGUUCUUCCCAUGCUCUGGUCCAGCCGGGGGCACACUGAGACCGGGGCUGCUUGGCUGGCAGAUUUUUGAAGGGAUUUAAUGGUGGUCCACUGGAGACCAAGCUGAGCUUGGUCUGCUCAUUUUACUGGUGACUCAAGAAGGAUUUGCAGGCAGGGUCAAAGAUGGAAAAGGUACAGUCCUAUUUAACGUUGGAUGACGAUGACUUGCUCUCUGACCUCAGCAGUGGGGACCUAGAGAUGUUGCUAUCAUUCCUGGUGGGUAAGGUACAUGAAAUCGAAGUGAGAGUGAGCACAGAGAAGGAUGAGAUCAUGAGACUUGAGACAGAAAUAGCACAAUAUGUCGCAGAAAGAGACAACUGUCUGUCACUGGCAGCACAGAUUGUGCAUUUGCAUCCAGUAUUGGAAGAGGAAUUCAAGACUCGAGAACAACUUCAAGCUGUUGCAUCUGAGCUGAAAAGGCUGAAAAAGGAUAUUGCUCAAGAUACCAGUGAGCAGCCAGAUGCGGCCAAAUUAGAACAGUUGAUAGCUGAAUCAGAAACCACGAUAACCUCUCUCCAUCAGAAACAGCAUAUGUUUAAAAGCGAGAGAAUUCAUCUGACUAACAUACUGGAGACCACCCAAAAUACCCUUUCCGAGGCACAGGCAGAAAGCCAUGCAGCUGAUCAGGAGCUGCUUCGCUUGCAGAAGGAAUGUACUGAGCAAGGUAAUGUGAAGUCUUUGGGGAAUAAUGAAGCCGACAGACAGCUGGAUGCCUGCAUCAGAGAGCUGGGAGUGCUAAACCUCCUCGCUAGGAAGAAGUGAACUUCUGUCUCCAGCAGGGGAUAUGUGUUAGUCAGCAGACCUGAAGUUCCGAAUUCCACUUGCAGAAGAUGUAGGCAAGUAGGAGGUGUGUGGCCACCAGUACACUGAGCCGCUGUUGGAGGAGUCAUGGGAAGAGACACCACCUGGAGCGUAGCUGUACCAGGUUAAGCAGCCUGACCGCUCCCCAAUUUGAUUUCAUUUUACUUCAUUCACCUUCCAGCUGUCCACCAGGACAUAGCAGCAAAAUAUUUGAUUGUUCUUCCCCAAUCUCGUCUUCUCUGGGUGCUGCAUGGGGGACAUGAAGCAAAACCUGCUCUAUGAUGAAUUCUGCUACUCUCUGUUUCAUGUAUGCAGGGUUUUAUUUUCAUAAAUAGUGAGACUAGUCCAAUGGUUUGUUGUCAUUGGUGUCAGGGAUGCAGAGACUAAAGGAAACCAAUGGUUUUAAGCCAUUUCAGCCAAACUCUCCUGGCAUCAGCCACUUCCAUGUCAGCUCACCCUGGUUUGUGUGGCUGCUUCCCGUCCAACCAUAGAUUUCCAUUUCCAGCUAGUAGUCUGAUUUCCCUGUCUAGAUAGGCCAUAUCCACUGCACUGUUGCACUUCUGUUGCUGUCUGAUUCCACUUCACAUGGACCUAUUGCCAUUCUUUGCAUUGGAUUGCCUUGAAGUUUCUCCAUGUUGAGAGUAGGGUAUCUCCCAGGCAAUCUGUGAAGAUCAUCAGGUGUAUGUGAAACACAACUGGAGACAGAAGCCAUUUGCUGAUCUGGAAGCUGGCCAGCUCAUGGGAGACAAUGUACAAAAUUGUGGCUAGGUGUAAUUGUAAUGCAGUGUGGCUAGAUUUCUAGAAAGCUCUGAGCAGAGACAUGUUUUUGCAUAACUUUGAAAUAAAGUCAACUUUCUUACAUACGCAGCUUCUUUUUAAUUCAAUCCUUUUGUUCCCUGAAAGGGCUCAAAAGCCCUGCAUGCCAAUGACUUUUGUCCUGUUAUCAAAAAGCAGCAUGGGUGAUGCUCAGUAAGGUGACUGAUACAGUGCACUGAGGAUGCUGUAUAAAUGCAGCAGCAUCCAUCAGGGACCUCAGAGCACUCCACAUGUUGCUAUACAGAGAUCACAGCAGCCACCCUAUGGAAUAUGGUAGCAGUUUAACAGUAGCCAGGAACACUGUACAACAGGUUUAUAGACAGGAAGUGAAAUUACUAUUUUUAGUGAAGCUACAGGUAAUCUUUAGGCAGGCACAAUGUAAUUGCUCACAUUACGAAGUGACCAGGCCAUAUUAUUUGUAUUAUUGUAGAGCCUAUAAACCUCAGUCAUAGACUGUACAGCAGCUAGCACACUGCGGUCCUAAGCACAGGGCAAAAAAGUUGCUUACAUGGAUUUUGUGUCCCUGCUGUAGUAGAAACUGCCAUGGGAUGUCUAAUGACCAGUUGUGGUCAGCACUGUGGAUCCAUCUGUCAUAUAAUAUACAGUUCCAAGGCUCCCCUCCCCCAAUAACAUUCUUGAGUAUUGACCCACUGUUGUAACUCCAAGAAUAGGGUACCACUCACUCCUUGAAAUGCAUGGAUUUUCCCGAGCAAUACAACUGCUGACCCGGUCCCAACCCUGCUUUAAGUAUGAGACUUGAUUAAAUCACAGCCCGAGGUGGGAUGGCUGCAGAGCCUGCCUAUAAAGUAAUCAACUGUCCCCUAAGGUGUGAGUGCAUACAGCUGGUCAUAAAUAGUCGAUGGACUGUUCAGAAAUCACACCAGAUCCCCCACAAUCAUGAGAUGCUAAAUUCUGUUGGGUUUUUUUUUUCAUCCUUUGCCAUCCAGAUUUUGAGCUUUCAGAGUGCACUUUUUCACGUUUUCAAACUCUUCUUUGAAAUCUUGAGGGCUAGAAAUGUACUUCUUUUUGUUUCAAAUGAAAGCAGAGAUUCUUAUCUAAUCACUUGUCUCCAAGACCUGGGGCUUUUAAGUAACACAUCAUGUAUCAUGAGCCUUGCAAUAAAGUUGUGAGAAAUGGCAUCAUUGAUAUGUUAGCUGUAGGUAUGGGAAAUUAUGCUGCAGUUGUCUAUAAUUUCAUAAAUAACAUUGGGAAUGUAGAUAUGGUAGAAUCAGUUAUGGGUUUUUGAUAAAAACCAACUUGAACUAAUCUCUGAUAUUAAUAGGAGGAAAGAAACCUUUGCUUACUUAAUGACUUGGGGAGAUUACACUGAUCCUACUGUACCAUUAUGUGACUUCCAUUCUCUGGGAGAAGGCAAUUCAUUCUCUUGUAAACCUGAUGCUUUGAAGAUGGCAUAUUUUACUUGU